AAGGCCAGUAUCACAUCGCCCUGCUCGUAGAAAAGUGCUCGAACUCCUCUUUGCUCUGAAACUCAAAAAUGGCGACAGAUAGCAAAUCCAAGUCCACUUCCGCAGCCAAUAAGUCCAAGAAGGGGAAGCAACGGUAUCUCCCUUACAACAAAGCGGUGAAGAAGAAAGGGUCGUACCCAUUACACCCUGGAGUGCAAGGCUUCUUUAUUACUUGUGAUGGUGGCAGGGAACGCCAAGCCUCUAAUGAGGCCAUUAACGUUAUUGACUCUUUUUAUGAAGAGCUAGUCCAUGGGAAAGGUUCAGGAUUAAAGCUUUCUGAGGAACACAAACCUUCAAAUAAGAAGAUUAAAUUUUCAUAUUCUGAUUCUUCUAGUAGUGAUGAUGAUGAUGAUCAUGAAAACAAACAGGCGGGAGAGGACAAGGCAGAAGAAGAACAAGAAAAUGGGGUGGAUGAAGAGAAUAAAUCUGAUACUCGUGGAGAUGAUGGUAGUCAUGAUAAUCCAACAACUGAGAAAUCAGAUCACCAGAAGAAAGAUGAUGGUAGUCAUGAUAAUGCGAUAACUGAGAAAUCAGAUCACCAGAAGAAAGAUGAUGCUAGUCAAGAUAAUGCAACAACUGAAAAAUCAGAUCACCAGAAGAAAGAUGAUGCUAGUCAAGAUAAUGCAGAAACUGAGAAAUCAGAUCACCAUAAUAAAGAUGAUGGAUGCGAUGGAAAUAAAACAGAGGAAAAGAUUAAAGACAAUAAAGAGGACAAUGUUAGUAAGGAAAUUUCAGCAAAUGAAGCUGAGGAGCCACCAGCAAAGAAACAAUGUCUAGGAACAAAUUCAUCAAAAUGUACGAUCCCAUAUGAAGUGGAAGAGAAGUCCAUUGAUAAGCUUAUUGAAGCUGAGCUUCAAGAACUGGGAGAUAAGAACAAGAGGCGCUUUAUCAGCCUUGAUUCUGGUUGCAAUGGUGUUGUCUUUGUUCAAAUGCGGAAGAGAGAUGGAGAUCCUAGCCCAAAGGAUAUAGUGCAGCAUAUGAUGGCAUCUGCUGCUGCAACCAGGAGACACAUGUCCAGGUUUAUCUUAAGAGUAUUGCCUAUUGAAGUAGCGUGCUAUUCUUCUGAAGAGGAUAUUUCAAGAGCAAUCAAACCACUUCUUGCACAGCACUUUCCAGUGGAAACUCAGAAUCCUCAGAAGUUUGCAGUCCUGUAUGAAGCCCGUGCAAAUACUGGUAUUGACAGGAUGAAAAUCAUAAAUGCAGUGGCAAAAUCCGUGCCUGGACCUCACAAAGUUGACCUUAAUAAUCCUGAUAAGACCAUUGUUGUUGAAAUUGUGAAGACUAUUUGCUUGAUCGGUGUUGUUGACAAGUACAAGGAGUUGGCCAAAUACAACUUGAGGCAGCUCACAUCACCAAAGCCAUAGGAAUUUGUACCUACAGUGGAGGUUGGAGAUAAAGGAAUUUGUCCAUCUCAACUUAAGGCAGCUGACAUCAUCAAACAUAAUAUGUAGGCUUUCGACCCAAUCAAUCUGAUAGCUGAAUCAAAGAAAGAAUCUGGGUUUACGAAAUAAGAGCAUACGGAGAGAAGUUUGUGUGACACUGAUUAGUUUAGAUGCAUGCUACUUGUUGGUUUCAUAUGGUAUUUGAGAUUUUAGGUUGAUGUUAAUCGUAAUGGUUAAACAGUUUUAGAAAAGUGAUUUUUUCUAUUAUUUUGACCCUCUUUGAUUCAUCGUAAUGUUGUAUGCACCAAGCUUCUGUAGGAAGAACAACUAUUUAUAAGUGCUUUUUCAGAAA